AUGCAUCCAUCCUACCAGGCGGACCCCAAUGCACAGGACCGUGCUGGUCGCAGUCCCCUGAUUUAUAUCUGUAUGGAGCGGGCGGGCUCCACCCGACUGGCUGCAGGAGGCGACCCCAGCAUGGAGGACCACCCCGGAGCCUCAGCCCUCGUCUAUGCCAUCAAUGCACAGCACCAACCAACACUCCAGGUGCUGGUGGAUACCUGCCAUGCCGCUGGUCGUGACAUCAUCAUCAUCAUCACCACAGAGAUGGGCGUGAGUAGGGGCCAGGCGACGAGGCGCUACCUGAACACUCCUCCAUCUCCUGGUAUGUCCCGCAUGUACCCAUCUGACAUUGUGCAAAAGACAGGCUCACCCAGUUCACCCGCUGGCGAGAGCGUCUUUGAUUUCCGAGGAACCGGCCCAAGAGACAGUAGAAGCGGCAGAUUCACCCCAAGUGACCCGAGUCCAGCGAACCAGUCUGACACCCCGACCCCCAGGGGGAGGAUGUGGUCUGAACCGUGGCUGGCCCGUCUCAACAAGGCUUACGAGGAGGGCAUGGAGGAGAGAAGCAUGCAGGAGGAGGGGGAAGGGGACGAUGUGGCUCCUCCUGCCCUGAUCUGCAGCGAGAGGGGCAGGAGGUCUCCAUGCCACCACUCGGCACAGUUGGAGCGGAGAAGAGGCGAAGGAGAGGAUCCUUCUGGACCUAGGAAUCUGUAUGACAGUGACUUAGCUAAAGUUGUAUGCAUACGCAGCUAUCGUUGA